CCGUGACGGUGUGAACAUCAGGUUGUGCUCUUCUUCGGCCCGGUUCUGAGGGCGCAGCGCCGAGGCGGAGACCCGGACGAAGCAGCUGGGCCCCGCGGCGGAGGAGGCGGCGACGAGGCCUCCGACAGGCGGACACCGACCGGCGGACACCGACCGGGGAGGGACAGCGGCAGGAUGCGCAACUUCCCCCUGUCGGACACAAACAUCACCUGGCAGCAGCUUUAUUUUAAAUGGACGAUCCUGGUGCUCUGAAGUGAUGCAGCUGGACUGAAGGACGGCGCUCGGUGCCGGAGAUGGACUUCAGGCUGGGGGGAAAAAAAUGACAGCCUGCUGCCUCCUCGCUGACUGACAAUGCUGCUGGGUUAGCAAAGCCCGACCGAGAGGAGCCUCACCUCCGGACCCAGGAAGGCAGAGUCGGUUCUGUUCCAGCACAGCCAUGCUGAUCAAGGAGUACCGGAUCCCCAUGCCGAUGAGCGUGGAGGAGUACCGCAUCGCUCAGCUCUACAUGAUCCAGAAGAAGAGCAGAGAGGAGAGCUGCGGCGAGGGCAGCGGCGUGGAGAUCCUGGAGAACAAGCCCUACGAGGACGGGCCGGGAGGGUCGGGCCAGUACACUCACAAGGUCUAUCACAUCGGCAAACACAUCCCGUCCUGGUUCUGUGCCAUCCUCCCCCAAGCCGCCCUUCGUGUGGAGGAGGAGUCCUGGAACGCUUACCCCUACACACGAACCCGGUAUACUUGUCCAUUUGUUGAGAAAUUCUCCAUCGACAUCGAGACGUACUACAAACCAGACACCGGAAAUCAAGCAGAUGUCUUCAAUCUAUCCGCCGCUGAAAAGAGACAGAGGACUGUCGACCCCAUAGACAUCGUCAAGGACUACAUCCCUCCCCAUGAAUACCUGGUGGAAGAAGACCCCAAGCUGUACCAGUCGAUCAAGACCAGGCGGGGCCCGCUGUCAGAGGACUGGAUCGAGGAGAUCAACCACAGCCCGGGUCAGACCGUCGUCAUGUGCGCCUACAAGCUCUGCAAGGUGGAGUUCAGAUACUGGGGCAUGCAGUCCAAGAUCGAGCGCUUCAUUCACGACGUAGGUCUCCGCAAAGUGAUGGUCCGAGCCCACCGGCAGGCGUGGUGCUGGCAGGAUGAAUGGUACGGUCUCUCCAUCGAGGACAUCAGGCAGCUGGAGCUGGAAACCCAGUUAGCUUUAGCCAAGAAGAUGGCGCAGUACAGCCUGAGUGAGGAGGGGGGAGCAGAGACCAACGGCUCCUCUGUUAGCCAAGACCAGGAACAGGCGGGAGAGGAGCCGGGGUCAGCUGCAGAGGUCGAGGGACCUCGAGGAAAGCUUGGAGAUUCCCUAGAGACGCGAGGGGAGCUCACCAAGCAGUGGUCCACCUCUUCCAGAUCGUCCAACAGGUCAUCAAAGAGAGGAACAAGUCCGUCUCACCACAGCAUUUCAGAGUGGAGGAUGCAGAGCAUCGCCCGGGACUCUGACGACAGCACUGACGACGAGUUCUUUGACGCCCACGAGGACCUGUCGGAUAACGAGGACAUGUUCUCCAAGGAAAUGACCAAGUGGAGCUCGAAUGACCUCAUGGACAAGAUCGAGACAACAGAAGCGGAUGAGGCGCAAGAAGCGUAUCAGGAGUCGAGUGAGGAGUACAGCGUCACUGAGGACACCCAGAUGGAGGACUGUUCGUCCCAGCAGUGUCCCCAGCAGUCCAAAAUCCACGUCCUCAUUCUGGUCCUGCAUGGUGGAAACAUACUGGACACCGGCUCUGGCGAACAGAACAGCAAGCAGGGAGACGUCAACACCCUCAGCGGGGCCUUUGAGACCGUGAUGAGGGUCCACUACCCCGCGGCGCUCGGACGCCUCACCGUCCGCAUGGUCCCCUGUCCUGCUGUCUGCGUCGACGCUUUCUCCCUCGUCUCCAACCUGAGUCCAUACAGCUACGACGAGAGCUGCCUGUCCAGCAGCCAGGACCACAUCCCGCUCGCCGCUCUGCCUCUCCUGGCGACGUCUGCGCCGCAGUACCAGGACGCCGUGGCGACGGUCAUCCUCAGAGCCAAUCAGGUGUACAGUGACUUCCUCAGGUCUGCAGAAGGAGCUGCUUUCAGCGGCCAGGUGUGCGUCAUCGGGGACUGUGUGGGAGGGAUCCUGGGCUUCGACGCACUCUGCAGCAGCUCCGUGACGGUCUCAGAAAGCCAGAACAGCAGCAGGCGGGGCAGCACCAUCAGUGUCCAGGACACAGAACUUCUCUCUCCCGGUAUUAUCAUAAACAGCAUCUCCCCGCCGUCGCCGUCCCUCGAAGGCAGCCGCCAUCUGAGCCGCAGCAACAUCGACAUCCCGCGCAGCUUGGGGCCCGACGAGCCCAACAAGCAGCUGCCGCGCAAGCGCAGCGACUCCUCCACCUACGAGCUGGACACCAUCAAGCACCACCAGGCCUUCCUCUCCAGUCUGCACUCCAGCGUUCUCCACGGGGAGCCCGGGUCACGGCGCUCCAGCAACAGCACCAUGCUGGAGGGCGGCUCCCUGGGGAAGUUCGACUUCGAGGUGACCGACUUCUUCCUGUUCGGCUCUCCUCUGGGGCUGGUGCUGGCGCUGAGGAAGACCGUGGUGCCCUCCCUGGACGUGUCCGCCCUACGUCCAGCCUGUCAGCAGGUCUACAACCUGUUCCACCCGGCCGACCCGUCCGCCUCCCGCCUGGAGCCGCUCCUGGACAAGAGGUUCCACCUGCUGCCCCCCUUCAGCAUCCCUCGCUACCAGCGCUUCCCUCUGGGGGACGGACACUCGGCCCUGUUAGUGGACACCGUCCAGAGUCACCCGCAGCUGCUGAUGGAGUCCGGCGGCGGGCCGUCCCAGCGUUGCCAUGACAGCCCCGCCAGCGAGACGUCCAUCCUGGUUCCGGUGCUGAACUCUCAGAGCUCUUUGGUCCAUGGUGACGCCGACACUCUUCAGUCUCAUCUACAUGCUGAUGGUCUGUGUCCGGCCUCCACAUCGCCGGGGGUCCCCCACCUCCGCUGCAGCCGCAGGGCCAGCGAGGCCAGCCUGGCCAGCCAGGUGUCGGGCCUGGCCGACUCCUACACAGCCACCAACAUCGCCACCACAGUCAAAAGCCCCUCUAAGAGGCCCAGCCUGCUGUCGCAGCUGCCGCUGCCGCACGGUCGAUUCGCCUCUCGGAGCGCGACCAUUCGCUUGCACAACAAAAUCCGUCGGGUGUUCCCGAGAGCUAACGGUGUGGAGUCUGAGCCGAGCUCAGACCCUAGCUCUGACAUGACCUCUGACCUCACCGAUGUCACGUCUGACAUCACAGACCUCAGCUCGGUGCCCCCGUCACCCAGGCUGCUGAAGAACAUAGAGCAAGUUGCGUCGCGGUGGUGGGGCAGUAAGCGCAUGGACUACGCUCUGUACUGUCCCGACGCUCUGACGGCGUUCCCCACUGUGGCUCUGCCGCAUCUCUUCCACGCCUCCUACUGGGAGUCCACAGAUGUCGUCUCAUUCCUUCUCAGACAGGUUAUGAGACAUGAGAACUCCAGUAUUUUGGAGCUGGACGGUAAAGAAGUGUCAGAGUUCACGCCCUCCAAACCUCGGGAGAAAUGGGUUCGCAAGAGGACACACGUGAAAAUACGAAACGUGACGGCCAACCACCGCGUGAACGACGCCGUCUUCACGGAGGACGGAGUGCAGACGGUGACGGGGCGCUUCAUGUACGGACCUCUGGACAUGGUCACUCUCACCGGGGAAAAGAUUGACAUCCACAUCAUGACCCAGCCCCCGUCCGGGGAGUGGGUCUACUUCGACACGGAGCUCACCAACAGCAGCGGACGCGUCUCCUACGUCAUCCCGGCACAGAAGCGACUGGGCAUCGGGGUGUAUCCUGUCAAAAUGGUGGUCAGAGGCGAUCACACGUUUGCAGACAGUUACCUCACCGUCGUACCCAAAGGGACAGAAUUUGUCGUUUUCAGCAUCGACGGCUCGUUUGCUGCCAGUGUGUCUAUAAUGGGAAGUGACCCCAAGGUCCGGGCCGGAGCCGUGGAUGUGGUGAGGUACUGGCAGGACCUGGGCUACCUGAUCGUGUACGUGACGGGUCGGCCCGACAUGCAGAAGCAGCGUGUGGUGGCCUGGCUCUCCCAGCACAACUUCCCUCACGGCGUGGUGUCCUUCUGCGACGGCCUCGUUCACGACCCGCUCAGACACAAGGCCAACUUCCUCAGAUGUCUCAUCAGUGAGGCCCACAUGAGGAUCUUUGCUGCCUACGGCUCCACCAAGGACAUCUCCGUGUACUCGUCCGUCGGCCUGCCUCCGUCUCAGAUCUACAUCGUGGGAAGACCAACGAAGAAGAUGCAGCACCAGUGCCAGUUCAUCCCAGACGGCUACGCGUCCCACCUGUCCCAGCUCCAGUACAACCAAAGGUCUCGGCCGGCCAAGUCCACCUCCACCCGCAUGGUCCUGAGGAAGGGCAGCUUCGCCCUGGGGGCGGCCGGAGGGGAUUUCCUCCGCAAACGCAACCACAUCUUCCGCACCAUCUCCUCCCAGCAGCCAGGGAUCUCCGGCUCCGGCAGCCAGCCGGUACGGACCGAGCGCACGCUGAGCCAGUGCGAAGGGGAGCGGGAGCGCUCGUUCGCCGCCACAACCCAGAGGAGCAUGAGCAUAGCGGCGGGUUGCUGGGGUCGCGGCAAUAAGGAGGGCCCCAAGUGAAGUUUGCGCAGGGAGCCAAAGACGCUCCGUGAUCUCUGGACGGGACAAAGACGGACGGGUCGGAGGGAGGCAGAGAUCAAAAUGUUCUGUAGCAUGGUCCUCUUACCGUCAGACUUUCAUAGGAUGCAUCAUGUAAAAAGAAAAUGAAAUAUUAUAAGCCUUAAAUGAAUCUGGUCCUGGCAUCAUCCUCAUGAGCUCAGGACUGUUUCAUCCUCAAUCAAACACAAGUCUGAGGCCAAUAGGUGUCUGGCUUUUCCAAUGGAAGAUUCUUCUUCAACAUUUAGUAAAAAAAAAAAACACUAAAUGUUUAAUUAGCAAGUUAAAGCUAAGUAUUUAGCUUCAUCUUGUUAAUUACAUACUUAGGAAGCUGAAUAUUAAUGUCAACUACUUCAGAAAGAGUUAGCAAACUCUAAAUUAAGCUAGCUAACUAGAUGUAGCUAGAAGCUAAAUCUUUUGUUUCAAGUGAAAAUAAGCUAUUAAUGAGCAUUUAUGGCUGCGUUUCUUUCAUUUGGUAAUGGCGAGCCGUUGUGGGCGAAGGUCAGAUGGAAAACGCUGGAAAACUCAUAGAGCUUGUAAGCUAACACAGUUAGCGUGUCCAGUUAGCGACAAUUAGCAAAUCCAGUUUUUGGAGCCUGACUGAAAUCUGACCCAGUUCUGACUUCUGAGAUAAAAGUCAAACCAAAACUCUCUGCUUUUAUACACACUAAAAGAAAAAUAAAAGGUUUAACUUGGAAGUCUGGUUAAUGGAGCAGAGGCGGCGCUCUGCGACUUUGUCGUGUCUAGUCCAAGUUCCAGAACAGGAUUGUUUAUCAUCUUUAGUUGUUUUUUUUUUUUCAGUACACAUUACAGGAGAGCUGUAGUUGUUAUUCCGCCCUUUUCCUUUCAGCGUGGCCUCUUGGCCACUCAAGGCCUUAAAUCCCACAACACUCUGACUCUACAGCGAGAACAGGAAGCAGAAAAACAGGGCAUGCAGCAUUAAGCACCAACUGAACUCUGUACAGUCCACAGCAACUAUCCCUUUAUAUAACCAUCUGCUUGCAAUGCCUCAGGCCAGCCUGCUGGCGGCGCUCUGGAGUCAGACAGACAGCGUUUCCAAGCUUUGUGUUUCCACUUUACGGACUCGGUAAAGUGCUGAUUGAGGACGACGACACGUGAAGCAGGAAUUUCAUGCGGUUUUUAUUGCACCAAAAUGGCCGAAAAAUGCACGGAAGUGUUUCAGCCUGAAUGUUUCGUGGUGCGUUUAGGGGUUAAUGUUGAGGUUGGGAGGGUACGCCUUGUACCUCACCUUCGCCCAAGACGAAGUAUUAUGGGUUUUGCUGCUUCUCUUCUACUUAACUGUAGAUCUUCAUGCAAAAUGGACUUUGGAAAAGAAGACAUUUUAUGUCUUCUUUUCCUCAUCAUCAAGGAAGAAACAGACGAUGAGUUAAAGGAAGGCUUUGUAGAUUAUUAGGUUUUAGGACAACAGUCAGGUGCCUGAAUGGAGACUAAAAUCAGCUCCGUUUGGGGUGGAGGUUCAACUCGCUUUAAACCUUAAAAAUGUCCUGAGCACAACUUGUGCUUCCAUUUUAAGUGACGGUGGAGCUGCAAGCAGAAUGUUUUCAGUGGAAACUGCAGGAGCGUUUGCAGUCUGCUGCAGAAAACUUGCACAAAUGUAAGAAAUAAGCAGUGGGGGGAUAAAAAACAGCAAGACAGUUUGUAGAAAUAUAGAAAAAAGUGGUUUAAAAGGAGUGAAAACUUAAGUCAAUGCAAAAAGAAUUCCAGCUAAGAGUUUCAGAUGCUGUUACAAAACACUGCUUAUAAAGCUAAACUAUAAGCUAUAAAGCUCAUAGUGCAGUCAGAGCAGAAUGUAACUAUAAUUUCAGCUAAUAUACUACACUUUAUAAAUAUGUUUCACAAUAUUAAGACACUCAUUUAAUUUGCAAACAGAAUUAUUUAAGCUAAAAUGCAAGAGCCAGCUCAAAUAUUUAAGAUAGCAUGUAAGCUACCACUGUUAUGCUGACAUGGAGUAAUUCUCCAUUCAGAAUGACAAGUCCAAUGUAAAAGCUAAAAUUAGCCAAACUGCUAAUGCUAGCUAAAACGCUCUCAAUAGCAAGUGGGCUAUCGCCAACACACUAACAUUAGCUCACUCCUUUCAGUCUGUUAGGUUUAGCUUUUAAAUGAAAGUGUGCUAAAAUGCUAUGUUGUUAAAGAGGGCUAGCUCUAGCAGGUUGAUGUGACAGCUUUACCUAACAUGUUGGCUAACAUUAGCUUAAUUCACUCAGUAAAUCAAAUGAGCUAAAAGGCUAAUGUUUGCUUCAGUGCUAUUAUUAUACUCUAGGAUGUUGUGUAAACUUAACUUUGUCCAUUCGGGAAGUUAACUUUCGUUUUUAGUAGAAAUUUGGUAAAAAUGUAAUCUUAUUAAAUGCUAAUAUAAUCACAUUGACUCAUGCUAGCAUGUUGGAUAACAUUGACUUAAUCCAUUAAGUAAGGUAGGAUAACGUUAGUUAUUAGGUCAAAAUUAGCAAAAGAGUUCAUGUUAGCAACGGCGCUAUUUAUUUUAGCGUAUGAUUAAGAUUAUUCAAUGACUUAAAAAUUACAUUUGCCAGCUGUAGCCACAGCUUUUUAACAACUUGUUUCAGUCUUUUCAAUAUUUUAUAAUUUAACAGAUCAACUGCUGUAUCACUGUUUUGCAGUAAUGACCCUUUGAAAUAUUUCCUUUUCACCCUCGCUUAGACUGGAAGCGCAUUCAAGACACAGGAGUUUAAAAAUGAGCAGAAAAACAGGGCUGGAUUCCAGUUCAAUUCAUAUAAUCUGGAUUGAAUUGGAUUAGCUGACUAGAGUCCUUCCCUUCAGCCUGUGGGAGUUUUUGGAAGCUCUUGUCUGUUUCCACUCUGUGUGACCAACAAUGUCUUCAUCAAACGACAAAAGCCAAAAUCAAUCUCUAAUACUGUAGUGAAUCAACUAUUUAACCUCAUUGUUUCUUUUUGCACUAGGUAACAGUUGUUGUUUAUGUCACUGUCUUUGCUUGCUGUGUGUGUUUUUGCGUAGAAAGGAAAAGAAGGUCUGUGUGAUGAACGUGCCAAACUGUGGCUGCAGAUGAAAACGGGAAGAUUCAGGAAUUUUGAAAAUGCGGCUCAGUGCAGCCAAAAUCAGACGCCGACUCUGAGGCGUUUGUGUGGCUAAUCUUUUGCGGUCCUCAGGACGACGUUUCCAAUGAUGCUUUCAAAGUGCAGUUCCAGAAGUUUACAUCCCCACAUCAUGAAUAUAGGGCUUGUAAUCAUUUAACUGAACCAUUUUUGUUUCCCAUGAUUGAAUUAUCACACCAAAUACAAUUGUUGAAAUCUGUUUUACAAACUUCUGCAUUUUCGUUCCAGAGUGGAUAUGAAUAUGCAAUUUCAGCCGAAUGUGUACAUGAGCACAUAAAAAAAAAAACACAAAAACACAAUGUAUAACUAAAACUAUCUUUAUUACGAUUGGUGGCUUUUUCUUUCAAACUACUUGAAAAUUUUUGAAAUAAAUUAAAAAUAGCAUUUUUUAAAAACUAAAUUGGAAGAAAAAUUACACUAACUCAUACUUUAUAUUUAUAAGUGACCAUUCAUUGACACAUUGAUUUGUUAAUUAAGAUCAUUCUCAGGCAAAUAUAUGAUCAUUUCAGCGACAGUGCAGUAAUUUUAGACCUGUUGUUCUGACAAGACAUUCGGCAGUAAGAUUUGUAAAAGAAUAAAUCAGAAAACAACACGAGCUUCUUAAUGAUGUGGAUUAUGCAUGGGCCGUUUAGCAAUGUCACAGUGUAGCAAAGUCUAAAAAAAGUUGGUAUUGGCCGAUAUUAGUCCUGUUUUUUUUAGCAUAUCGGUAUUGGCCCAAUCGGUAUCGGACAAUAUUGUAUUGGUCCGAUAAAUAAAACUGGCUCGAUAUUGACAACCGAUAUUUACUUCUAUCUUGGGGAGGACGGGAAGAUGUUGGUCAUUUGUAUUUGUUUGGCCAAGUGAUGCAGGAUUGUUAAAAGCUUGACUGAAGAAGAGCCGUAGUGAUAAAGUCUGUGGUGUAGUAGUUGCUCUUUUUCCCCCAAGGUGUCAAAAGGGUAGUUAAAUACAUUUAUAAUAUAUAUAACAUUGUUAAAUAUUCAUUAUUAGCUAUUUUAAUGUUGGCAUCGGCCCAAAUUGUUAAAUCAGUGCAAUCAGUGUAUAAAUGAUUGAAACCUUUCAUGCUGUGAGAAUCUCAUACUGAGCCAUGGCUACUGUAGCUCCGUUAGCAUCCCCUCUGUUUACCUCUACAUUUCAUCAACCCAGACUGAUGAUGAACGUUUGUUCUGCCACACAUUUCAGAUUUAAUAAUCCCCCCUUGGCUGCUGAGCCGGAUCAGAGUGUUGGUUCAUGAUGGAUGUGUCUGUAAAUACUGUAAAAACGUACAUGUAGAACCUCAGUUUUAGUUACGCGUCACAAUGUUGUUCUGGAAAUUUCAGGUAAAAAUAUAUUUGAAAUAUGUAGCAUUUUUGUCUGACCGUUUGGCUCUCAUUAAGCCCGGAAGGUUUCCGAAUUUCUAUGUUUUUUUUCCUGUGCAUUGUUCUCGUUCUGGUUCCACCAGAGGUCAAAGUUUACCGCCCACCUGCACACGCCUCUUUGUAUUCGAACCUGCUGUUGGCCUGUGCUGCAUCUCCAGCAUUUUAUAGGAUUUCAUGAAACAGUUUUUCAGCCUGGAGUGUUUUACAGAAAACCUUUGACUUAUAACCACAGACUGCUUUUACCAGUCACAAGUACGCGCAUGGAAACCCAUAAAGAACUGUUUAGCAAUCUGCUGCAUGUCCUCUGUCAAAUUGGAACCAUUUAAUAACAACAUUAGUAUUAAUAAUACAGCAAUUAUGUUCAACGUUUCUCCAUUCCUCAAUAAAA